AUGGCACAGCUUGACCUCACCUCGCAUCACGAGGGCAAUCCCAUUCCCGUCCCGCCAACCGAGUACUUUUUCGGACCGGAGCCCUUUGAACCAACCUCUCUGAAAAUCCCCCGUGAGAAUGUGGGUCCUGAACGGGCCGUGUCACCGGCCAAAGUUGUGCGCGACCGCAGCGCCGUCAACGGUCAUGUGGCCGAGGUCCCCAUUCUGGGCAAGAAGGUCCGCAUCGAAAGCGAUGCCAAUGGCGAUGAAUCGAUGGACGUGGAUGCAUCCCACCAAGCGAGCGAGAGCAAACCCGACACGCCUGUCCCGGAACAAGUUGAUGGCGAUGGCGACGUGAGCAUGGAGGCCGAUGAAGUGCCUCCUGAGCCCACCUUCACCCUGACGAGCGGCAGCAGCAUCGGCGUCCAGAUGACCCCGGCCAAGGCGGCCGACCUGGCCCCGGACACGACGCUGGUCGAUGUGGCAGAUGAUCAUGUGACCCGGACCCUGUGGCGGCCGCGCGAUCCCACUGUCGUUGUGACUGCCGGCGACACAUUCUGCAGCCUGUGGAAGCUAUCGCUGUCCUCUGCGCCUGUGCCCAAGAGCUUGAUUAACUUCAAAGGCGGCGAUUCCUGUGUUUCGGCUGUCGCCUGGGAUGCAGUCGGGGAGAAGUUGGCCGUCGCGACGUACAGCGAACUGCGCGGCGCCAUCACUAUGUACGACGUCAAUGGAGAUGCUGUGGACUUGUUACCCGAACUGCCACGGAUGAUCACUGGCUUACAUUGGGCCCCCGAUGGCUCACAGCUGGUUGUUGUUGCUUCGGACAACAGGACCUCGGAGCUGGCCCUGUGGGACGACACCGAUCGACCUGACGUCUACCCGCCGCCGCAGCGCAUCAACAGCCCCGUGUACGAUCUUGCUUGGUGUGGUCGAAAUCAAGUCUUUGCCUGUGGGAAUGGCUCUGUCUAUCAGUGCGAGAUUGACCAUAGCAUCCGACUGACCGACACCUUCACAUCUGGUGCCAGCAAUGCCGCCUGGGAAUUCGUCCGCUGUGUCCAAACGCCUUCUGCUUCGGUCGCAGUGGCGGCGUGCUCCGAAACCGCCUCGCUUUGGAUUCCGACUCAUGAUAUGCACAUCGACAAAGCUCACCAGGGAGAGAUUACAGCAAUCGAGAUUCGUCCUCAGGAACAGACCCCGCGACGGAAUUCUUCGAUUGUUCUCGCCUCCUACUCAACCGACGACAGCGUCAAAGUCUGGCAGGUCGAUCUGGAGGCCAAGCAAUUCAGGUGCCUUCACCGGCUGUUCUUGGGCCCGUCGACGCCUGCUCUUGCGGGUGGUUUCUCCCCCGAUGGAUACGCUCUUGGUGCUGUGAGCAAGGAUCGUCUGUUCAUCUGGAAUGUCGAGCGGGGGGUAAUGCCAUGGCGACUUGGUCAGCGCCGGCCUCGAGCGAAGUCAAGAAAGAGGAAGCCGACCGUGCGAUGA